AUGAGUGUAGAAAUUUUGGAUGGUGCGACCAUAGUGAACUUCCUUCAGGAUGAGGAAGCAUUCAGUGUAUCAGUAAGAAACCGUUUUGCUCGCCUUGACACAGACAAUGAUGGCCUUCUCUCGUAUGCAGAGAUGCUGAAGGAGCUCCAGAGCCUUAGGGUGUUGGAAACCCACUUCGGUAUUGAUGUAGAGCCAGACCCAGAUGAGCUUGCUCAGGUGUAUGAAUCCUUGUUCGUACAAUUCGAUCACAACUUGAAUGGCACGAUUGAUCUGGAUGAAUUCAAGAAGGAAACCAGGCAGAUGAUGCUUGCCAUGGCUGAUGGAUUGGGUUUCGUGCCAGUUCAGAUGGUCCUGGAAGAAGACAGCAUCCUCAAAACAGCUGUUGAAAGGGAGACCAAUAAACUAGCUGCUUGA